AUGAACACAAAAGGUUGGCUUCUGCAAAUUUGUCUAGCAAUGUUCUUCACCAAAAUCUCAUCUCAGCACUGUGAUCAACUUCACAGAAGACUACACAAAGCCAGCAAAGGAAACUUGAAACUCUUGGGUAGUAAUAUAAGAGCCACCAUUCCCCUACAAUGUAUCGGAGAUAUUAUAGACUUCUCACAUGUCAAUGAAGAAAAUUUGAUGAGCAUGGAUGGAGCAUCCCAUGAAGAGAAUGCCAAGAUAACAAUACAAGAAAUGCUCCAACAGAUAGACCUCAUCUUCAAGCAAGUUCAUGCUGAAUUGUUUUGGGAUGAGAAUUCCCUAAGGCAAUUCCAUACUGGAUUGUAUCAGCAAAUUAAGGAACUGGAAAUAUGCCAAAAUGCAGAGAUAGGAGAUGGCACCAUAUCCGCAAGGGAUCAGAAACUACAGCUCACCAGACUGAGAGUGAAAAGAUAUUUUCAAAGGCUCAGUGAUUACCUGAAAGAUAAGAAGUACAGCUUGUGUGCCUGGGAGAUAGUCCAGAUCCAACUCAGGGAAUGUUUCCUAUUGAUUAAUGAACUCAUCCAAAGGAUUCCAACAUUACUCAAAGAUCUCAAAGAAUCCUUGAAGAAGGUCCAGUAUCUCAGGUCUCCAUACAGAUCACCCAAUAAGCAUCAUCAUGGUCUUACGUUGUCUCCAGCACAUCGUCCUGUUGCUUUUGUUCUCAUCUGGAAUCACUUUAACUUCCCAAUGGGAAAAAAUAUUGGGUCCAUCAAAGAGGAUGCAAGAGCAACCGUUGGGCUGAUGCUGGAGCAUAUCCAAAGAAUAUUUUGGCAUAACUUCACCAAAGCUGAAUGGAACAUGACAGUCACUGAACUUUUCCAAAUUGUUCUGGAUCAGCAAGUUGUGCAGUGGGAAACAUGCUCUGUUACAGUGACUGGAGAAAAAGCAACGUUUAAAGAUAUCCGUACAAAACUAAAACUGAAGAAAUAUUUUUUAAGGCUAGACACAUUCCUAAAGGAUGAAGAAUACAGCCCUUGUGCCUGGGAUGUUGUGCGACAGGAAGUUUUGGGCAUCCAUUUUGUAUUCCUUGACCAACUUUUGAGAACUCUUCAAAACUAA